CUGUUUAGCGCUGCUGCCGCCAGCACAUCUACAGUCUCUGAACCACCAGAUACAGCAGCAGCUGUGGUUGGUGGUGCAAGUUCUGCUGACGAGAAGAAAGAUGAAUUUGUUCCACGAGGUUACUGUCCGACUAUGACUCGAAAUGGUACUGAAGUCACAUGGGAUGAUAUUGCUGGCCUUGAAGGUCCUAAAGAACUAUUCAAACAAACUAUCGUUCUUCCUGCACUUGUGCCAAACUUUUUCAAAGGUAUUCGGCGUCCUUGGAGAGGAGUUUGUAUGGUUGGUCCACCAGGCACGGGCAAAACUCUGCUUGCAAAAGCCGUAGCCACUGAAUGUCAGACAACGUUUUUUGCCGUAAACUGUGGAGAUCUCGCUAGCAAAUGGCGUGGAGAUUCAGAAAAGAUGAUCAAGCUAUUAUUUGAAAUGGUUAGUUUUUUUACUGCAAUGUCUCUUUUCGCCAUUUAUGCAUUCUGAAA